AUGGAAGACAGUUUUAAUUUGAUAGAUAAAAACAAUCUUGAUGAAGAAACAACAAACAUAAAAAAUGAAAAUAUGAAAUAUAUGGAAUCUCAUCCAGAACUUAAAGAUUUGCUGAACGAUUUUAUUUCCUCAAUUUUAUUGCAUACUCCAGAUGAUAUUUUUAAAUAUGCAAAUGAAUAUUUUUCAAAUUUUAAAAAGAAAACUAAUUAA